UCCAAAACGGACAUUGAAACAGCAAUAUAAGUGUACUGGAGCUCUUGGAUCCGAGCGAACAUCGGAAAUCAGGAUGGACGUUUCAUUAAUCAUUAUCCUACUGUUCCUUCCCUUUUCCCACAAUAAAUUUAUCCAAUUACACGAUAUCACAAAUAAUCCUGGAGCGCUAACUUUAAGCGCGGGAGAGGGCAGAAUUCAAGAAGGAUACAAUAGAUUACUUCACACAGUAGAUUUGCAAGAAUUAGGAGUCACAAUUGAAAUACUGGAAAAUUUAAUACUGAAGGUUAAUAGUUCAACAGGUGAUUUUUCUAGGCUUAUUUAUAUCAAGUUUAAGGAAAUUAAUAAUACAUACAAAGCCCUUCUCCCAAACAUUCAAAGAAACAAAAGAUCAAUCGAAACAUUAGGCAGUGUUUUAAAAUUUGUUACAGGCAAUUUAGACGCUGAAGAUUUACGACACAUUAAUUCAAACAUAGAUGCUAUUAAAAGAUCUGAAAACAAACUAAUGGAACAAAAUAAUAAACAGAUUGUAAUGAACCAAGAAUUCAAAAAUCGUAUACAAACAUUGACAAAUGUAAUAAAACAGCAUGAAAAUGUCAUAUUAAAAUUGAAUACACAAAAAGGAUAUGUAAUUACAGAAAACACUAAAAUUUCCAUACUUUUUCAGUUAGACAUGGUGUUACAAACACUAAGAACAAUAGAAAAUACGAUAGCACUUGCCAAAUUAAAUAUUGUAACCAGACAGUUAUUAACAAUCAAUGAACUUAAAAUUGUAGCCGAACAAUUAAAACAAGCAAAUGUUAAAUUAGACAGUUUAAAAGAUGCAUACAACUACCUCUCGAUAACUGUGCUUUACCAUGGACGCCAUCUCAUCAUUAGCAUCGACAUCCCAAGGGUAUCACCCAUAAUUUACGAAAGAAUGAUUAUCGAAGAACUCCCAAUCUUAAAUAAAACCGUCAAUAUUGAUCACCAAACAGUUCUAGUGCAUUCCAACGAAACAAUGGCAGUCUUAGCAGAGUUUGAACAAAUAGCCAAAAUCCAUAUUUAUAAACGAAACCAAUUGUUGAAUAUUACCAACGACUUGUGUGUUGCACCUUUAGUUCGAGGACGAAGUGGGAAAUGCCCCUUCAAAGAAACACCACCCACAACAGAAUAUAAACUUCUGACUUAUGGAACAUUAGUAGUCAAAGCUACGCUAGAAAACGUUGUGAUGAGCAGGAAAGCAGAUUUGAGUCAACUAUUGGAGCCAAAUUUCCCCGAUCGCUGUAUGAAAUGGGAGCGAAAUGGGACCAAUCAGCCACAACCACGUGGUGUAUACACUUGGAUAAGUGCCCCACGAGCUAUCUACAACAAUCGGAAGCUUAUACGAAAUGGAGGGUGA